CACAGAGCGAGCUCUCAGAAUCCGAGUCUCCUACAGAGAGGCUGCUUCAUCAGGGGAGAAUUUUUUUUAAAGUGCAGGACAUUUUAAAGCCAUGGCAAGCCCUUCUGGGACCCCAGAAGACUCGGGGAAGCAGCGAGGCAGGGAUGGCAAGAUGAGGAGGGAAGAGGAUGAUGCCCCACCGGAGGGGAAAAGGCUCAAGCUAGGGAAGGAAGGAGGAGACAGCGGGAAGGAGGAGGGAGAAGACAUGCCAUGUCUGGGCAGGGAAGACACCGGGACCCAGACAGGUGGUGAAGGCAGAAGUGCUCAACUAGCCCUGCCCUACAGACUAGCAGAGACGCAGGGUACCUUGGAACCCUGAAGGAGAGACAUCCUGGAUCUGGGAGAGUGAGCCAAAGCAUGCUGGAC